AUGCGUCGUCCUCUCCUCGCCGCCGUCGCGCUCCUCCUCCUCGCCGCGGCGUCGCCGCUCGCGGCCGCGCGCGAGGACGACGACGAAGAGUACUACAUCCUGUCGCUCAAACCCGGCGCGGGCGCGCGACGCGCGCGCUUGCCUCCCGCCGCCCCGCCGCGUCGUUUCCACGGCGGGAACGGCGACGAGGACGACGCCAUCAUGGACGACGUCUCGCGCUGCGACCCGCUCGCGCUCGAGGACGAGCGCGGGUUCUUCCCGAUCGCGCGCGUCCUGCGCCGCGCCGUCCGCGGCGCGGUGCUGCGCCUCGACAGCCCCGCGGCCGCGGCGCUGCGCGCGCGGCUGGACCCCGACUGCGCGCUCGAGGUGGACGCGCGCGUCACCGCGCAGGGCUAUCGCACGACGAAAGUCGUCGCGCAGCAGCGGUCGCGCGGCGGCGGCGCGGAGGCGUUUCGACCGCCGCGGCCGACGCACUGGGAGCUCGACCGCGUGGACCAGCGCGCGCUCCCGCUCGACGGCGUCGCGUCCGCGGUCAACGCGAGCUCGUCGGGGGAAGGGACGAUCGUGUACGUCGUCGACAGCGGCGUCAUGCGCGGCCACGACGAGUUUCGACGCGUCGCGGAGACGCGUCGCGACGACGAAAGUGAGGAGCAAGUUUAUUACGACGCCUCCGCCGCCGCCUACGCCGCGGCGGCCUUCGACGCCGCGGCCUCACCCUCGAGCCGCGUCGUCGCGGCCGCGGACUUCGUCAGCGGCGAGUCCCCGAGCGACAAAGCGCGCGUCGCCGCGAUCGGCGGCGACUGCUACGGCCACGGCACCGCGGUCGCGUCGCUCGCCGCGGGCGUCCGCUCCGGUCUGGCGCCGCGCGCCGACGUCGUCGACGUCCGCGUCCUCGACUGCGCGGGGAACGGCCGCGUCUCCGACGUCAUCUCCGGACUCGACUACGCGAUCGAGCACUACCGAAGCCUCCCUGCGUACGAGCUGCCCCCCGCGGCGCUAACGCUGUCGCUGGGGGUGCCGAUCGGGGUGCCGUCGAGAGCGCUCGAGCGCGCGGUCGCCGAGGUGGUGCGUCGGCACAACGUCGUCGUCGUCGUCGCCGCGGGAAACGCGGAGCGCUCGCGACGGACCUCGGACGCGUGCCGGUUCUCCCCGGGGCGCGAGCCCUCCGUGAUAACCGUCGCCGCGAGCGAGAUCAACGACCGGACGUGGAGCGACGGCAUGACCGGGCCGUGCGUGGACUUGUUCGCCCCGGGGGUGGAGGUGACCGCCGCGGCGUUCGAAGAGGACGUUGGAAAUCGAUACUCGUACCAGUUGAACGCGCGUCGCGGCGGUUCUGGCGGCGACGGCGGCGGCGACGACGACGACGGCGCGGAGACCGAGAUGGAGACCGACGCGUACGCCGGGUGGACGGGCACGAGCAUGGCCGCGCCGAUCGUCGCGGGCGCGGCGCUCGCGCGCAUGAGCCUCGAGCGCGGCGAAGGCGCGGACGGCGCGCCGAACCCGGACGCCUCAGGUGCGUUAACAAACGUGUUUCACCCAUCGCCCGGUUUCAACGCUUGA